AUGCCGGGUCUCAAGGCUGGCGAUUCGUUCCCCGAGGGGGUGAAGUUCACCUAUGUUGCGCCGACAGGGCAGCUGGACUUGACGACGUGCGGCCUGCCCAUCAAGUACGACGCCAGCGAGGAGUUCAAGAAUAAGAAAGUCGUGAUCGUCGCCGUGCCCGGGGCCUUCACGCCGACAUGCCAAGAACAGCACGUCACGUCGUACCUGGCGAACCUCGACAAUCUCAAGGCCAAGGGCGUCGACCAGGUCGUCUUCAUUGCCAGCAACGACCACUUUGUCAUGGCGGCGUGGGGCAAGGCAAACGGCGUCAAGGACGACUCGAUUCUGUUCAUGUCGGACACUGGACUAGCAUUCAGCAAGAGCAUUGGUUGGACUAAGGGAGACCGUACGCUGAGAUACGCCAUUGUUGUCGACCACGGCAAGGUUGUCUAUGCCGACACGGACGACGUCCCCAAGAGCAUCGGCAAGUCUGGUGCCGAGGCCGUGUUGUCCAAGCUCUGA